CAUGGGCGUCCAAAAUUCGAGUUAGGAAGCGGCGGGCAAGGUAAUCCACGAUUGGUUGAUCAAUUGAAGGUUGUUGGGUCAUAUUAUAUCUCUGCGUGCUCCAGCUUCAAGCUUCAAGCUUCGAGCUUUGCUGGGUGUCUCUCAGAACAAGCGCACGCAAACGGGGCUCCGAAUACUUCAACCCGGCCCAUAAUCACUCGAGCUCAAAUACCUCCGACAGUCUUAACCGUCUUCACUGAUGGACUCCGAUCCACCGUCGAUCGACUUCGGCAGCCAAGACGCGCUCCGCCACGUCCGCAGCCUCACCGACGUCGGCGCCAUGACGCGCCUCCUCCACGAGUGCAUCGCCUACCAACGCGCCCUCGAUCUCAACCUCGACUCCCUCCUCUCCCAGCGCUCCGACCUCGACAAGCACCUCUCCUCCCUCCAGAAAUCCUCCCAGAUCCUCCACAUCGUCUCCUCCGACGCCGGCUCCGUCCUCCGCAACGUCUCCUCCACCUCCGACCUCGCCGACCGCGUCUCCGCCAAGGUCCGCCAGCUCGACCUCGCCCAGUCGCGCGUCAACUCCACGCUCCUCCGCCUCGACGCCAUCGUCGAGCGCACCACCUGCAUCGACGGCGUCAAGGCCGCCCUCGACUCCCAGGACUACGAGUCCGCCGCGAAAUUCGUCCGGAGGUUCCUCCAGAUCGAGUCGGAGUACCGCGAUUCCGGCUCGGAGCAGAGGGAUCAGCUCAUGGAGUCCAAGAGGCAGCUGGAGUCGAUUGUGAAGAAGAAGCUCUCCGCCGCCGUGGACCAGAGAGACCACGGCAAUGUGCUGAGGUUCAUCAGGCUCUACGCGCCGUUAGGUAUAGAAGAGGAGGGCUUACAGGCCUAUGUGAGCUACCUGAGGAAGGUGAUAGGGAUGCGAUCGAGGCUAGAGUUCGAGAACUUGAUGGAGCUGAUGGAGCAGAGAAACAUUAAUAAUCAGAGCCAGGUUAAUUUCGUGGCGUGCUUGACGAGUUUGUUCAAGGACAUUGUGCUGGCGAUUGAAGAGAAUGAUGAGAUUCUGAGGGGGCUUUGCGGCGAGGAUGGGAUUGUGUAUGCGAUUUGUGAGCUGCAGGAGGAGUGUGAUUCGAGGGGGAUGAUGAUUUUGAAGAAGUAUAUGGAGUAUAGGAGGCUGGCAAAGCUGUCGUCGGAGAUUAAUGCGCAGAAUGUGAGUUUGCUUGAUGUUGGUGUUGCCGGUGUUGGAAAUGAGGGGCCGGACCCGAGGGAGGUGGAGAUGAUAUUGGAGGAGAUACUGUUGUUGAUGCAGUUGGGGGAGGAUUAUACGGAGUUUAUGGUGUCGAAAAUCAAAGGGUUGAGUAAUGUGGAUCCGGAUUUGGCCCCGAGAGCAACUAAAUCGUUUAGGAGUGGGAGUUUUAGCAAAGUGGUUCAGGACAUUACGGGGUUUUAUGUUAUAUUAGAGGGGUUUUUUAUGGUUGAGAAUGUGAGGAAGGCUAUAAGGAUUGAUGAGCAUGUGCCUGAUAGUCUUACGACUUCUAUGGUGGACGAUGUGUUUUAUGUUCUGCAGAGUUGCUUGCGUAGGGCAAUAUCCACUCUGAAUAUCAGCUCGGUGAUUGCUGUGUUGAGUGGCGCCAGUAGUUUGUUGAGUAAUGAGUACCAUGAGGCUUUGCAGCAGAAAAUGAGAGAGCCUAAUCUUGGUGCCAAGCUGUUCUUGGGUGGUGUUGGUGUUCAAAAGACGGGUACUGAGAUUGCCACGGUUUUGAAUAACAUGGAUGUGAGUAGUGAGUAUGUGCUCAAACUGAAACACGAGAUUGAGGAGCGGUGUUUGGAGGUAUUUCCUGCACCAGCUGACAGAGAAAAAGUUAAGUCUUGUUUGUCUGAGUUAGGGGAUUUGAGCAACACAUUCAAGCAAGCUUUGAAUGCUGGCUUGGAACAACUUGUGGCAACUGUGACACCACCUAUCCGACCAGUGCUUGAUAAUGUUGCAACCAUCAGCUAUGAGCUGUCAGAGGCUGAAUAUGCCGAUAAUGAGGUCAAUGACCCAUGGGUUCAAAGGCUGCUUCAUGCUGUUGAGAUGAAUGCAGCAUGGCUGCAGUCACUGAUGACUGCCAACAACUACGACUCAUUCAUACAUUUGAUAAUUGAAUUCCUUGUUAAGAGGCUUGAAGUAAUUAUGAUGCAGAAAAGGUUCAGUCAACUUGGAGGCCUUCAGCUGGACAGAGAUUGUAGGGCAUUGGUGAGCCACUUCUCUAGCAUGACUCAAAGAACUGUUAGAGACAAGUUCGCUCGCCUCACUCAAAUGGCAACCAUUCUCAACUUAGAAAAGGUCUCUGAGAUUCUGGAUUUCUGGGGUGAGAAUUCAGGACCUAUGACUUGGAGACUGACACCAGCCGAGGUCAGGCGAGUGUUGGGUCUAAGAGUUGAUUUCAAAUCCGAAGCAAUUGCCGCACUCAAGUUGUAAUUCCCUCUGAACAACACUUCUCCUUCUUACUUUUUUUUUGUUUCUGCCCUCUUGAAAAAGAUUCAUAUCUUCAUUUUUUUACUGCUUACUACAGUUUUGUUCACCAUAUUUCUCUGUAUUAAUUAUAUAUCUCAGUCAGAUUUGUGUAA